AUGGCUGAGCUGUUGUUCGCCCGUGCCGUGGCCGGCCUUGUCCACCUGCCGCUGGUGCUCGAGUGCCUCACCGUUGCGGACGCCGACCACUGGGACCACGCCCACAAACACGCCGCGCACGGGCAUGGGCACGGACACCAUGGCAGCAUGCCCGUGGACAUCGUGGAGACCCGUGGCGAUUAUGCCUUCCUGCUCGACGUCCCCAUCCUCUCCAAGUCCGACAUGCAGAAGUCUCUGGAGGAGGACAACGUGCUGGUGAUGAAGAGCGCCAACCGGAAGCGGAAGCGGGAGGAGGAGGAGGCGGACUGCCGCUACAUCCGGCUGGAGAGUCGCGCGUCGCCACGGUCGUUCGUGCGCAGGUUCCGGCUGCCGGAGCAGGCAGACGCAGACACCCUGGCCGCGCGCUGCGAGAGCGGCGUGCUCACCGUCAGCCUCAAGAAGCAGCAGCCGCCCGAGAGGAACACCAAGUUCGUCCAGUUCGCCAUCGCCUGA